AUGGUGUGGUUGGGCUCCUCUGCGGCGAGUUGCACUUUGCGCGGCCCCGGAUGCUUUGGCUCAGCCCCAGGCCCAGGCCAGGCAGAAUUCAUUUUUUUCUAUCAUUUGCCCGACUUUUUACUACCUGCCAUGGCCAAGCCGGUGACCCUCGCCGUGGCGGCGGCCGGUGCCUACCUCUGCAGUGAGGCCUUCGUGCCCAGCGCGCAGCUCGUGCAGACGCCGGCCUCCGCGGGGCGGCUCCGUGGAGGCGAGGCCAGCAGCAGCAACCGCGGCCUGGCGGUUCCCGCGGCCGCGGCCGCGGCCGUGCUCUUGGCAGGUGCCGCGGCGCCCACGCGCCGGCGACCCGCCGCGGUGUGCAAGGCCUUCGAGAAUGAGCUGGGCGCCACCAUGCCCUUCAAGUAUUUCGACCCACUCGGCAUGGCCAAGGAUGGCGACUCCGAGACCUUCCGCCGGCGCCGGAUUUCUGAGAUCAAGAACGGUAGGGUGGCCAUGAUGGCCUGCAUGGGCUACAUCGCCCCAGAGUACUUCCGCUGGCCUGGCUACUGCUCGCCUUCGGCAGACUUGAAAUUUGCGGACAUCCCGAACGGCAUCCAAGCGCUUUACAAGAUGCCUGCAGAGGCUUGGGCACAGAUCGGAGUCUUCAUCGCCUUCCUAGAGCUCUUCCCCAUGAGGCAAGAGAAGGAUGCCGCGCCGGGUGACGCCCCCAACUUCGGGCGUUUGGGUGUGCCCUUCUUCUCCAGCAAGGCAGACCCGGAGAAGAAUCGCCGAUCCUUGGAUGCUGAGAUCAACAACGGCCGAUUGGCCAUGGUGGCGAUCACUGGCAUGAUUUCGCAGAACGCCUUCUUCGGCACCACCGGACCUGACAUGUGGCUGCCCGGCGCCUCUGCCUUCGAAGGCGAGCUGGGGGUGCAGGCGCCGGUGGGCUUCUGGGACCCGCUCGGCCUGUCCGCUGAUGGUGAUGUGGACGCCUUCAAGCGCCGUCGCGCCGUGGAGCUGAAGCACGGCCGCAUUUGUAUGCUCGCUUGCGUCGGCUACAUCGUGCCGGAGUACUUCCGCUGGCCUGGAUACCUGUCGCCGGAGAAGGGCCUGAAGUUCGCGGACAUGCCCCACGGCAUCGCUGCCGUCUCCAAGGUGCCCCUGGAGGGCUGGGUGCAGAUCGUGUUGUUCCUGGGCCACAUGGAGGGCUACUUCUGGCGCCAGGACCCCAAGCGCGCCCCGGGUGACUACGAAGGCUACGGCUUCCUGGGCGUGGGCAGGAACUUCAUCUUUAAUUUCGAACCUAUUGAGUUCAAGGACGCCGAGGUCAAGAAGACGAAGCUCCGUGCAGAGAUUGCCAACGGCCGUUUGGCCAUGGUGGCUCUGAUGGCCAUGCUCUUCCAGAACGGCACCGUGGGCACCACCGGCCCUGCCAUGUGGCUGCCCUCCGCCUGUACCUUCUGUGAAGUGAGACGCAGAGUGCUGUGCCAAUCGGAAUUGAAUCGUAGCACUAGAGCCUUGGCGUCCUGCACCAGAGGAGGCUCAGAGGUGCCUAUUGGAGGUAUUUCGUUGCAGGGCGAGCCUGGAAUAGCCUUGGAGAGCAUCGUGCAAUGGUGCGGAGCCAAGCCCCUGACCCUCAUGGCGGCGGCUGCCGCCGGCACCUACCUCUGCAGUGAGGCUUUUGUGCCCGGUGCGCAGCUGGUCCAGACGCCGCAGGUGCGCACCUCCCACCUCCGCGCCGGCCCCAGCGGCAGCGGCUCCAGUGCCGUCAGCGGCCUUGCGGCGGGCGCCGCCCUGUGCGUGGCAGCCGCGGGCGCCGCGCGCAGCCGCAAGACGGGCACCGUGUGCAAGUCCUUCGAGAAUGAGCUCGGUGCUACCUUGCCCUUCAAGUACUUCGACCCCCUGGGCAUGGCAAAGGAUGGUGACGAGGCUACUUUCCGCCGCCGCCGCAUCUCUGAGAUCAAGAACGGUAGGGUGGCCAUGAUUGCUUGCAUGGGCUACAUUGCGCCUGAGUACUUCCGCUGGCCGGGCUAUUGCUCGCCUUCUACAGAUCUGAAGUUUGCCGACAUCCCCAACGGCAUCCAGGCAUUGUACAAGAUGCCGGCGGAGGCCUGGGCCCAGAUUGGCGUGUUCAUCGCCUUCUUGGAACUCUUCCCUAUGAGGCAGGAGAAGGAUGCCCUGCCGGGUGACGCUCCCAACUUUGGGCGCCUGGGAGUGCCCUUCUUCUCCAGCAAGGCGGAUCCCGAGAAGAACCGUCGAGGUCUCGAGGCGGAGAUCAACAACGGACGAUUGGCCAUGGUGGCGAUCACUGGCAUGAUUUCGCAGAACGCCUUCUUCGGCACCACUGGACCUGACAUGUGGCUGCCCGGCGCCUCUGCCUUCGAAGGCGAGCUGGGUGUGCAAGCGCCGGUGGGCUUCUGGGACCCGCUCGGCCUGUCCGCUGAUGGUGAUGUGGACGCCUUCAAGCGCCGCCGCGCCGUGGAGCUGAAGCACGGCCGCAUUUGCAUGCUGGCCUGCGUUGGCUACAUCGUGCCGGAGUACUUCCGCUGGCCUGGGUACCUUUCUCCGGAGAAGGGCCUGAAGUUCGCAGACAUGCCCCACGGUAUCGCCGCGGUCUCCAAGGUGCCCCUGGAGGGCUGGGUGCAGAUCGUGCUGUUCCUGGGCCACAUGGAGGGCUACUUCUGGCGCCAGGACCCCAAGCGCGCCCCGGGUGACUACGAAGGCUACGGCUUCCUGGGCGUGGGCAGGAACUUCAUCUUUAAUUUCGAACCUAUUGAGUUCAAGGACCCCGAGGUGAAAAAGACCAAGCUGCGGGCCGAGAUUGCGAACGGCCGCCUUGCCAUGGUGGCUCUGAUGGCCAUGCUCUUCCAGAACGGCACCGUGGGCACCACUGGCCCUGCCAUGUGGCUGCCCUCUGCCUAG